AUUAUAUGUGUUAUGUAUAUGCAGUACAAUAUAGUAUAGUAUAGUACAGUAUAGUACAGUGUGUAUGUGUAUAAACUGUAUGUAUUAAUAUUUAUUGUACAUAAUGUAUAUGUGUAUGUAUAUGAUGGCCAAAUACAAUUUUGUCAAAAUCAAUACAUUUUCAUACCAUCGAUGGCGAAUCGUCCGCACACUUGUAUGCAAUCAAUUGAGACUACUUUCAUGUGAUGGACAACUGGUCCGCAAUAAUAAUUGUUGGAAAUGUGGACAACAAUUGAUCUCAAAUGUGAUGCUUUUGUGCCACAAUUGCCAUUCAAUACAAGCUAUUGAAGAAAAUGUCAAUUAUUUUAAUUUGUUUGACCAAAACAUAUCGUUUAAUAUUAAUUUGAUUGACUUGAGUAAGACAUAUAAAAGUCUUCAGAUGACAACACAUCCCGACAAAUACGUAAAGGCAUCACAAACUGAACACAUCUAUUCAAUGGACAAUUCGUCACUUAUUAAUAAAGCUUACAAAACCCUUCGGGAACCGUAUGAAAGGGGACUCUAUUUGGUGAAGUUGUCUGACAAUCAUAUUAGUGAAAGCCACACUCACAUGGAUUCACAAUUUUUAACGGAUAUUAUGAAAAUUAAUGAAGACAUCGAUGAAAAUGUAAAUUCAAAAAACAAAUUAUUAGAAAUCUUAAAGACAAAUGAAAAUAAUAUGAAUGAUGUUAUUAAAGAAAUAUCACUUGCUUUUAGUAAUAUAAUGUUAACUAACUUGCGGUGCAUUGAAUUCUCUGACCAAAGCGUAAGUAAAGCUAUAUUUCUGAACGCAUCCAAACCUCGCAAUCAACCGAUUCUUUGGAUACAUUUGUGUGAAUAG